AUGAACAACAAUCGGUAUGCAUCAGAAGAUAACGGAAGCGUUGCUGAAAUCAGUGCAAGCGGCCAAACCCAUGGUAACAUGUCGGCUACUUCAGAAUCCGGCAUCGAAUCUACCACGGAAGAAGAAGAUUACAACCAAAACAAGAAGGCUGAGGUAUCCAAUCAAAACCUUGAUGUUGCACGGCGAGAACAAAAGGCUGUAAAUCGAUCCAAACUUUUGGUGGCUUUGUUCUUGUUCCUUGCAGCUUGUGCAACUGCCGCUGUAACAUAUCGUUUUGUUGAGCAGCAAGAGCGAAAUGACUUUGAGGGUCAAUUUCGAAGUCAUGCAGAUGAAAUUGUCGUUGUGACAAAGCAGAAAACAGAUCAACUCUUUCGCGCCUUGAACUCGUUCUCGAUUAGCGUUGCGUCAGAAGCGCAAGCAACAGAUCAAGCGUGGCCUUUUGUUACAAUCAGUGAUUGGUCGGCAAAGGCACAGUCGUUGGGAGAACUCAUUGGUGUACCUGAAGCUACCAUGGCUUUCUGUCCUGUAGUCAAUCCUGCUAACAUUGGGCAAUGGACAUCCCAUACUAUGGAAAAUGCUCCAAAGAUUUAUCAAGACGCAAUUGACACGGAAGGUUUUAAUAUGACUGCAAUUGAGCUCAUGAGAAAGACUACCCCGUUGAUUUUCCGAUAUGACUUGGAAACCUUGAGUAUCUACCCAUCAGAAGACACGGCCUUGCCAGUGUGGCAAAGCUAUCCGUUUGCGAUCGAACCAACGACGCAACGCACCUUAACAAAUAUCGAUUUGAUGUCGUUCAAACAAUUUAGCGACCUCUUCUUUCUGACGAAUGCUACCUUAAACACUACCAUCAGCUUUUCUGAGACUUUGAUAGAAGAGGGUGGUGGAUCAUCUCUACCUAUCGUUUCGAGUCAGAUCAUGCAACCCAUUUUCAAGAGUGCUAAAUCAAAAGCAGAGGAUAGGGAAAUGGCCGGAGUGGUGUAUUUGACGAUGGAAUGGACACGAUACUUUGAAGACUUUUUUACCGAGGAAACCGAUCCGAUUACACUUGUUCUCGUAAACAGUUGUCCAACAUACAAUCUGUAUAAUCAAGAGAGUUUCGCAGAAGAAGAAGUAAACGUUGUCAGCUACGAGAUCAAAGGACCUGUGGCUACUUAUCUGGGCGAGUACGAUGCACAUGAUCCCCAAUAUGACGCCCUUGAAGUGACCUCCAUUCUCGUGGACCUUGAUAUUAAAUCAUCAAGCAUUCCCAGUGGUCAGUGCAUCCCCAAACUUUCACUCCAUCUCUAUCCAACAGAACAAUUCGAAGAAACGUUUUACACCGUCAGCCGAUUCCUAUACACAGGAGUGAUCAUUGCCAUCUUUUUGUUUACUAGUUUUGUUUUUCUGCUGUAUGACUACUUUGUUGGAAGAAGACAGAGAAAAGUCAUGGAUCGCAUCAUAAUGCAAGACCAACUUGUGGCAAAUGUUUUCCCCACAGCCAUUCGGAAUCGGCUAUAUGAUGGCAUGGGAAAAUCAGGGCGUCCCGGUGGAAAUUUUGUUGACAGUUUUGAUAACGACUACGAGGCUGACAAAGUCACCGAUGGAGCGCCAAUGGCAGAUUUAUUCCCCAACACUUCGAUUGUGUUUGCUGACAUUGUGGGAUUUACUGCUUGGUCGUCUGCUCGAGAACCACAGCAAGUCUUCGCAUUGCUUGAGACCAUCUAUGCAGCUUUUGACAGAGUAGCUUAUCGGCACAAUGUUUUCAAAGUCGAGACUGUAGGCGACUCGUAUGUCGCAGCCGCGGGUUUGCCAGAACCGAUGGAAGAGCAUGCGGUGGCGGCAUGCAAAUUCGCUCGAGACUGCAUGAGAAAGAUGAAGGAUAUUACAUUGAAACUCGAAGUAUCUCUUGGUCCGGAUACGUCGGACUUGGAACUAAGAGUUGGUAUUCACAGUGGUCAAGUGACGGCUGGUGUAUUGCGAGGUGAACGCAGCCGCUUCCAGCUCUUUGGAGACACUGUGAACACAGCGGCUCGCAUGGAGAGUACCGGAAGGGCAAACUGUAUACAGAUCACAGAGACCACUGCUCAUUUGCUGAGAGAAAGUGGUUUUGCAAACAUGAUCAUACCACGGGGAGAGAAGACCUUUGUCAAAGGCAAGGGGGAAAUGCAAACCUACUGGCUUCGUUCAACGUUUUCGAAGAAGGCGAAAGUAAAGGGCAGUGCCUGUCAAGUCGAAUCAACGAUUAGCGAAGAAGAAACAACCGACGACUCCUUUAGUGUUUCCGACAGGGAGGAUGACUUUCUUGACAUGAACGGUGUGGAGACUAUGAACAAAACCCAACGCCUCGUUGAGUGGAAUGUUGAAGUGCUGAGCUCACUACUGCAGCAAAUUGUGACCUCGAGAGGGGGAUCUCGAAAGAGCAUCAAACCUCUAGAGGUCGUCGAAUCAAACAUCCGUUCUGGUCAAACCAUAUUGGAAGAGUUCGUACCUAUCAUUCAACUGAAAAGGGCUGCCAAUGACUUGCAGGAGGACCGUCGCAAGAGCCCAAGUACGAUUGAUAUUGGUAAUGAUGUCAAAUCAGAACUACGAAUUUUCCUUGCCAGAAUUGCUGACCUGUAUACAGACAGCAAUCCAUUCCACAACUUUGAGCAUGCUAGUCAUGUCACUGCAUCAGUGAAGAAACUACUCAAACGCAUCGUGAACGUUGACCCUGGAAAUGGACUCACCCAGUCGAAUGCGAGCAGCGAAGUCAACAUGGUCGACUUGGCCGGUCAUUCCUACGGUAUCACGUCCGAUCCGCUGACCCAGUUUGCUGUCGUGUUUGCUGCCAUCAUUCAUGACGUGGAUCAUCCAGGUGUACCAAACACUCAGUUGGUGAAGGAAGGCGCUCCGAAUGCAAAGCUGUACAAGAACAAGUCUGUUGCGGAGCAGAAUAGCGUCGACAUUGCUUGGAAAAUUCUGAUGCAGAAAGAGUAUGAAUCAUUGCGAAGCUGCAUCUAUCAAACUGAAGGAGAGUUGCGACGUUUCCGCCAACUAGUGGUGAAUACAGUCAUGGCGACUGAUAUUGUCGAUAAGGAACUUCAGGCGCUACGCAAGGCACGCUGGGAAACUGCCUUCUCCUCGGACGCUUCUAAUCGACUAAGAGAUGAUGACAGCGAGAAUCGAAAGGCCACCAUUGUUAUCGAGCACUUGAUCCAAGCAUCAGAUGUUGUGCACACAAUGCAGCAUUGGCAUAUUUACAAAAGCUGGAACGAAAAGUUCUUUUGCGAGUGUUACAAAGCCUACAAGUCUGGUCGGGCGGAUGUUGACCCAAGCAUCAACUGGUACAAAGGAGAAAUCGGUUUCUUUGAUUUCUAUGUGAUUCCUUUGGCGAAGAAGCUGGACGACUGUGGUGUGUUUGGGGUAUCAUCGCACGAGUAUUUGAACUAUGCUAUGGCAAAUCGGGACGAAUGGGUUCGAGACGGCGAAGAGCUUGUGAAUCAGUUUUUGGAAAACAACAACCAACGUAAGGGGAAACAGUAG